AUGCUUCAAACUUCUGUAAUAAUCUCAUUCUUCUUGGGUCUAGCCCCAUGUAACAUCGACAUUGGUGUUCACUCCUCAAAGACAGUGAAGUUUACCCUCACGUGGUCGUAUUCGUUAAUCGGCUGUGUAUACAGUAUAUCACUGGUCAUGUUCUUCCUCGGAAUAAAUAUAGUAGCUGUUCCCAAUCUGUACGAAAUACCAUACCCAAAUGACUCUGUUACCUCGAUGAUGAUCAUUGUAGUACUCUCAGUGCAAACUAAUAUAAUCGUUGUUACGAUAAUAAUGUUUUAUUUACUCUUUCAAAGACAUAUUAUUGCAAUCGGAAAUCGGUUGAGUGAAUUCGAUCAAAAAUAUGGGGACACGUGGCUCGGAGUGUGUGACAAGACAUUAGGGGACUUUGUAAAAUUUAUGGCAAUUGUAAUGCAAUUGUUCCUCUGGAUUGCAUUCUUCGUAACAUCAGUCAUGGCUGGAGACACAUUAUUCUUCGUCGCGUCAGGUUUUGGAAUUAUUUUCUGCAGCUGGUUUCUAUUACAGUACAGUUUAAUUAAUAUAAUUAUCAGAGAUAGAUUCAAGGGACUCAAUGAUGCCAUCAGCAGAUGUUCUGUGUCUGAAGGAAAUUCGUUCUACAUUGGGAGCUCCUCGAACAAUCAGUUGACCGUUGAGAAAUUCAUUACAUUCACUCGAGCACGGGCAAUGAUCUACAAUAUAUCCCUCCAAGUUUCUCAGUUCUAUUCAUUUCCAGUGUUACUAGUGAUUUUUCAUUGCUCCUGCUCUUCUGUCUCCAGUUGUUAUUUCUUCCUCAUGACUCUUAUGGAGUCAAAGAGUAGCUCGCCUGUAAUUCUCUCAGUUAAUUCAAGCUUCUGGACUUUCAUGGAAUUAUACCCCAUCGUAAUACUGAGUGUGAGUGUCGCUAUGUUUCAUGAAGAAGCUAAACGAACUGCAGACAUUGUUUAUCAUAUCAUCGUGAUGUGUCCACCCGAUGCAGAUGUCGUAUAUCAGCUGAAUAAUUUUGCUAUUGAAUUGCUGCACAAAAAUGUUCAAUUCACAGCGUGUGGAAUUUUCUCAUUGGAUUGUACAUUACUGCAUUCUAUUUUUGGAAUGCUCGUGACGUAUCUGCUCAUUCUUCUACAAUUCAAACCACCAGAGGGGUAA